AUGGAUUUUGAGAACGUGCUACUCGUGAAAAAUGAGGUGUUCGUCUAUCAGAUUCUUUCAAGACAGUCUAAUCGGGGUUACAGGGCUAAUAACUGGAACCUAGAAACUCCCAUGUGGACUGGAAGACUUCGUGUUAUUGCCAAAGGUAAAGAUCUCGUAAUACGAUUGGAAGAUAAGAAUUCUGGACAGUUAUAUGCUGAAUGCCCAGUAGACUCAUUCCCUGGGAUAUCCGUUGAACCAGUUAUUGACUCAAGUCGAUUUUUUGUUAUUCGAUUAAUGAAUGAUAGUGGGGAAACUAAAUUUGUAGGGAUUGGUUUCGCAGAACGUUCGGAUUCGUUUGACCUCAAUGUAGCAAUUCAAGACCAUUUCAAAUGGUUAAAACAGGAAAAAGAAGCUAAAGAAAUUGAAGAAAACGCAGCCAACCAACCAACUAAAGAUAUGAGUUUCAAAGAAGGGGAAAAAAUAAAAUUAAAUCUGAAUACCCGUCGUACAGGGGAUGAUGCAAAUCCCAAAUCAAAGGUUACACGCUCGCUUAGUUCUGGAUUAUCGGGUGGUCUACUGCCCCCUCCUCCGCCACCGGCUGUUUCUCGAUCUCGUGGUAAUCGCGUUGUAGGAGAUACUACUCCUGUAUCUGGUAACUUAUUUAAUAGUGACUCAUCACAAGCAAACUAUGCAAAUCCUGUGUGCACACCGAAUGUCCCAUCGACUACUUCAAACGUCGAUCUUCUAACUGAUUUCCUCGGGAAUUCUGGGCAGUUCUGA